CGGAAUAUUGGUCAAAGGUCAUUGUGGACCGCUGCCGGACGAGUUUCAGGUCUUUGAUAAUACAUCUGAGAUUGGUAACAGAAUAGACUAAAAGGAUGAUUAAGCCGAGAUGAAAGCUGCGGGCAGCGGGACAUUGAAGAGGAGGACGAAAAACGGUGCGACGGGAAUGAGGCGACAGCGCAGUUUGGAAUGGCGCCAGGAGCGCAGCUACAGCAGCAGCGACGAUGAACUGCCCAAUCGUCCAGUUGACAGUCAAGUUUUCGCUUCACUGCUUGCCCAGGCCCAACAAGAAUAUUCGAGUGUGGACCGUUCAUAUAGAUCAGAUGACACCGAAGAUGCAGUAACAACGGAUAACCCAACGACUCCUUUUCCUACGCCCCCACCUUCCAUGAUCUCGCCAAGAUCGCCAAUAUCCCUUCACAGACAAGCUUCCCCUUUUCCAUUAGAAAAUAUAAAUGCCCGAAGGUUACACUACUCAACACCUCAGGACCGACUUAGGGGAACAAAUAAUGAGGUUAUAUAUACUACUAGUGCCAAGAAACCAAUAACGAAUAACACAAUUGGAAGAACAGGCAGAUCUAGACAUAGGAUGGCAGGUGGUAUGACUUCUUCCAGCAGUGCUACCUCUUGUAGCAGUAAUAUGGACAACAGAAGACAUAGUGGAGGAACAAACAGCGAAAUAUACCACGACCAACAACAGAGACUGAACAAUCUCAACAUAAAUACAGACGAAGAUCAGGAAUCGCCCCCAGAACCAGCACCACCAGAGGUGCCCCCGCGGGGGCCGUCCUUGCACUCGACGCUUCGAAGACGCAAUGAUUAUAUGAUACCGACGACGGAGGCUCCAGCUCCUUCUCAGGACUCUCAGUUUCUCUCCACCUCUACAGCAGGUGGAGAGUACGCGGUUAACCCCUUGGGGGGCGCCCAGUACAACCCUGCCAGGUCGCCCAUGACUGCAGUCCCCACUAACAGAUUGACGCCAGGGCUGCAGCAGACGCAGCUCGCACAGCAAAUCGGUGCGACGGGCACCUUGCAGUGCGGUGGUGGCGGCGGGGUACCGCCUCAGUCUCAGGCGCCUCUGAUGAUGCCGGUGUUUCCGCUGCGGCCCGCCCCGACAGCCACCACCUCUCAUUAUUCUCCCUACUCGCCGUCCAGAUUCCACAUUGACAAGAGGUGCCAGCACCGUUGCUCGUGGAAGUGUCUCAGUAUCGGGCUCAUCCUGUUGGCAGUUGCUCUGACAGCAAUGCUUGCGUAUUUUGCAGCCGUCAGCUCUAUGAAGCCCAACAUGGACUCAUCGAACUGCAUCCUGGUGCAGGAUGUAAAGGAUGUUACGAACGAUCACAUGACAAUGGGAUCAGUGUCGACUCAGAUCCCGACCGAAGAAUCUCUUCCGACGAGUACCGCCGAACACUCUAGCGCAACGACUCAACAUAGUUCACUCCAAGCUCCUCAGCAACGCAGCCAACCACAGACCCAAUGGCCACCGUUACCCCUGCUUGAGCAGCGAGAACUUGAUGUCAUCCAUACCGCCACCAUACCGCCGUAUCAAUUUUGGAACUCGGAAUUUCGCAACAAACAACCCGCUUUCUUCAGGUUUAAUUUCACACUUCCGUGGGGCGCAAACUUUGCAGUCUACGGUAGAAGGAAUGUUGCACCAAGCGUGACGCAGUAUGACUUCGCGGAGUUCGUCAAAGGCGGCAGGUUGGAUCAUCGGCUCAGGAAGAGGGAUAUUGAAGAGGACGACGAGGACGAAGAUUAUUCAUCUACUAAACACUACAAAUAUCCAUACGACACUAAGAAUUCACACAAAAGCGAUGUUUUGGAUAGUAUAUCGAGCUCUUAUGAAGGCACGAGAAAAAUCCUCGCCGACUCUGAGCCCAAGGGACCCUUCUACAUACCGCACACAAUCAAAAUAAACUACUCGGACCGCUCCUCAACGGAUCUGCCCCAUCCCACGUCAGAUCUUGGUCUUGCUUUAGACGAUCAUGUCAUUUCAAAGAGGGAUACGGGAGAAUUGGAACCGAUGUUGGUUAAUGUCAGUCUGCUGCAAUAUUUAGAUACGGGAAGAUGGUUUUUGUCCGUCUACAAUGAUGAAUUGCAACCUUACACAGUAUCAUUGGUUAUCUCAGAGGCUGAAGGAGUUAGUACAACUUGUCCAAACGAUUGUUCCGGUACCGGAUCAUGUUAUCUUGGAAAAUGUGACUGCAUCGAUGGUUACCAAGGAAUUGACUGUUCCAAAAGUGUCUGCCCAAUCCUCUGCUCCAACCAUGGACAAUACGGCGGCGGAUUGUGCCACUGCGAGGAGGGAUGGAAAGGUCCGGAAUGUGACAUACCGGAGUCCGACUGUCGCGUGGCCGAUUGUUCCGGACACGGAAAAUGCAUACGCGGAUCCUGCCAUUGCAAACCAGGAUGGAAAGGUGAUGGAUGCGAGGAGUCUGACUGCGAAGAUCCGACGUGUUCUGAACACGGUGCCUGCGUUCACGGUCAGUGUUAUUGUAAAGCUGGAUGGAAAGGACCCAAUUGCAACGUGAUCGACGAGCAAGUUCAUAAAUGUCUGCCCACAUGCUCCGAUCAUGGAAUCUAUGAUUUGGAGUCUGCGAAGUGUGUCUGCAAUAGGCACUGGACUGGACCAGAUUGUGCACAAGCUCUUUGUAACUUGGACUGUGGACCACACGGGACCUGCGAUACCGGAAAGUGUCGAUGUGAUCCUGGAUGGACUGGAUCAAGAUGUGAACAAUUGCCCUGCGACCCCAGGUGCCAAGAACAUGGUCAAUGCAAGAAUGGUACUUGCGUUUGCUCUCAAGGUUGGAAUGGACGACACUGUACUUUGCCUGGUUGUGAAAAUGGCUGCUCAGGACAUGGACAAUGCAAUCUAGAAGAUAGUGUGUACAAGUGCGUCUGUAUUCAAGGUUGGGCUGGCUCUGAUUGCAGUAUUCCUCUUGAAAUGAAUUGCCAUGACGAUGUCGACAAUGAUCACGAUGGAAUGACCGACUGUUCAGAUAGCGAAUGUUGUUCACACGUGAUCUGCCGUGAUCAUAUAAUGUGUCUGCACAGCAAUGACCCCGUUGAAGUCCUCCUUAGGAAACAGCCUCCAUCGGUGACGGCAUCAUUUUAUCAACGUGUGAAAUUCCUAAUCGAAGAGAACAGCGUACAAUCGUACGCCCACAUAAACGAGUACACAGAAAGCGAGUUCUGGAACUCCUUCACGCCGCGUCGUGUUGCUGUAAUGAGAGGUCAAGUGGUUACUCCUCAAGGAUUGGGAAUUGUGGGAAUCCGUGUAUCUGUGGACAAGGAUUCCAAAUUUGGAUUUACACUUACCAGACAAGGUGGAUGGUUUGAUGUAUUGGUCAAUGGAGGAGGCGCUGUCACUUUACAGUUCCAGAGGUCACCGUUUAAACCUUUGAUUAAAACAGUUUUCGUACCAUGGAAUCAAAUUGUUGUGUUACCUCCAGUGGAAAUGCAGUUAGCUGAUGAUUCUUCAGAUGGGAACACCCAAAGCAGUUUCCUUAGAAAAAACCCUGCGAUCAAUUUCCCCGGAGUUUCUAGAUCCUUAUUCGAUCCAACUGGUACUUUACCGAACACUUGCGAUGAUCACGAUCCAGAAAUUCUUAACCCUGUAAUAACAGGUACAUGGAUGCCAGAAGCCGUUGGAGGGAUGCAGGGUCGCAGUGUCAUAUUUGCUGAAACCCAAAUAGUACAAGAAUCGAUUCCUAUACCGGGAUCAGAUUUACAUAUAAUAUAUCAAAGUUCACAAACAAGUGGAUACAUGAGCACUAUUUAUAUGAAAUUAACGGGUGAGAGUGUUCCGAAAACUUUGACUCAUGUGCAUGUGAGAGUUGAAGUUGAGGGAUUUUUGCAUACGAAGACAUAUGAAGCAGAUCCAGAUCUCAUGCACACUUUCGCUUGGAAUAAGAGAAAUGUUUACAAACAAAAGGUGUAUGGAAUAGCACAAGCCAAAGUUUCAAUUGGAUAUCAGCACAGCACUUGUGCUGAACCAGUUUGGGAGACACAAACGGCAGAUUUGAAAGGUUUUGAUGUUGAUAUAUCCGACAUAGGUGGUUGGGGUUUGGACAUUCACCAUCACUACAAUUUCCAUGAAGGUAUUUUGCAAAAAGGAGAUGGCUCAACCUUGCAUUUCAAACAGUACCCUCGAACUGUGCACGUUGUAAUGGGAACUGGACUACAGAGAGCUUUGGAUUGUCCUGGACAAUGUGGAGGACCUGCCAAAGAUGCCAAACUUUUAACUCCAGGUUCAUUAGCAAGCGGACCUGAUGGAAGCAUAUAUGUCGGCGAUUUUAAUUUAGUGAGAAGAAUUACGCCAGAAGGAAAUGUUUACACAGUUCUUCAGUUAAGUGCCACUCAAGUCGCAUACCAGUAUUAUCUGACAGUAUCACCUGCUGACGGUCAUCUAUACGUCUCAGACCCAGAGAAGCAUCAAAUCCUCCGAGUGUUAUCUCUUGACCCUAUUCAAGACCCCAAUAUUAACAGCGAGCCUGUUGUCGGUAAUGGAGAACGUUGUAUUCCUGGUGACGAUAAUAAUUGCGGAGAUGAAGGACCAGCCAAAUAUGCCCGACUCGCUCACCCAAAAGGCAUAGCCAUAGCUGCUGAUAAAACGAUGUACAUUGCAGAUGGUACUAAUAUUAGAGUAGUUGAUGCAAGAGGAGUGAUUCAUACGUUGAUUGGAAAUCAUGGUCAUCAUAAUCACUGGAGUCCCAUUCCUUGCAAAGGAGCCAUUCCUGCAAAUCAAGCUCAGUUGCAGUGGCCCACCGGAAUUGCAUUAAGUCCAUUGGAUGGUUCGCUGCAUUUUAUAGAUGAUAGACUGGUGUUAAAAUUGACCGCUGACAUGAAAUUGAAAGUUGUAGCUGGCACACCUUUACAUUGCCAUCGUGAAGACAAUACUACAAAAGUUAUUAACGAUAACAUUCUAGGCACAAUUCUAGCUCUUUCUUUUGCACCAAAUGGUGAUCUGUACAUCGCGGAAUCUGACACUAGAAACAUUUACUACAUUAGACUCAUAGACAGUUCCGGAAAAAUUAUCCAUUUCGCAGGAAAAGUCCAAGACAAUCAAAGAAAUAAUUGUGAUUGUGGUGUGAAUUUGACUACCCCUAGUCCAAAGAAUCAAGAGCUACCGCCAGCAUGUAUAUGUGGUACGACCGAAGAAACUACCAGUAACGCCGAGACUCUAUUAAGUUCCAAUGCACGUUUCCAAGCCAUUUCAGCAUUAACAGUUUCACCAGGAGGUGUUUUACAUGUAGCUGAUCAAGGUUCUUUGCAUAUCUUAGCUCUUGAACAUUACCUACCAACACAUGAUGAAAACGGAGAGUUUAGAAUACCGUAUCCUGCCGCAGGGGAAAUCUAUGUUUUUAAUCGUUAUGGACAACAUGUCGCAACAAAGGAUUUGGCUUCCGAUAAAACUCGUUACUCAUUCUUAUACUCCAAAAAUACAAGUUUCGGUAAACUUUCUACAGUAACAGACAGCUCUGGCAACAAAAUUCAAUUCCUCAGAGAUUAUAGUAAUGCAGUGAGCUCCAUAGAAAAUACACAAGAUCAUAAAAGCGAAUUGAAAAUCAAUGGAGUUGGUUAUUUGGUGAAAUUAAGCGAGAAAGGAAAAUCUGAAAUUGAAUUGGAUUAUGAUCUUAAUACCGGAUUGCUCACAAGUAGAUCAGGGGGGGGAGAAACAUUUAUGUAUAAAUACGACAAAUAUGGCAGAGCAGUGGGAGUUAUUCUAUCAAGUGGUGAAACCCUUGGACUUUCCUCAAAGAUUGCCGAAACUGGUGGUUUAGAAGUUACUGUGGGCAAGCCGCCAACAAGUCUUAUAGUUACAGGAAGAGCUAACAAAAAGGUUAUUUUAGUUGAUGGCAAUGAGAUAACUGAAGCUGUGACAUUAACUAAUUCUUCUGUUGGUGUAACCUCUCCCUGGGAUGGUUAUAUGAAAAUAUCGGCAUUGGAACGUCAUCCUCUGUUAGAGGCUUCUUUACCAGUCGAAGCUGAAAUGCUACCAGUUUGGUCCGAACAAAUAACAACUUUCGGUGAAGGAAUUCAAAACAUAAUGUCAACAACUUUCACUUUAAUUGGAGACGUGCGAAAUCCUCAACAAACCCUGAAUAGAGAAAUCUUUGUUAACGGUUCCAAAAUGUUGGGCAUUGAGUUCAAUCAAUAUUCUAGUAAGGAAAUCUUUUUCGAUCACGAUAAAAUUCCAUUACUGACAAUAUCGUAUGACCCUGCUGGCUUACCCUUAUCAUAUUAUCCCCACAACGGCGCGGAUGCUUUAAACAUAUCAUAUGACAAUUUUAACAGGAUUGAUGGUUGGAAGUGGGGUAAUACGGAACUCAAAUACAGCUAUGACCGACACGGUCUUUUAUCGGAAGUCACCAGUAGUUUAGACGGCACUCAAAGCUACACAUAUAAUGACUGGAAUAUGCUUUCCAAAAUCUCUUUGGCGAGCUCCAGAAGCUUCUCCUUGACCUAUGAUGAUGACGGCGGACUUCGCCAUGUUACACUACCGAGUGGUACCAAACAUUCCUUUAGUUUACAACCUUCUAUAGGUUUUCUCAGAGCAACAUACACACCUCCAGGCAGCACCAGAGCUUACCUCCAACACUUUUCUCAUAAUGGUCUGCUUCUUCAAACUGUGUUCCCCGGUGAAGGUGCCCGCGUAGUAUACAGAUAUUAUCCCAAUGGUAAACUCAAGGAGGUCGUACACGGCGAUGGCAAAAACAUUUAUCAAUAUUCCGAAACAUCAGGACUACCCAGUCAAGUUUCCAGUUUAGAUCAAGACAUCGAAUGUCGAUGGGAUUAUCAGUACAUCGGCGGACUUCUUUCAGAAGAACGAAUCGAUUUCGGAGCAAAAACCGGUCUGUCCAAUGCCAAAUUCACUUACGAAUACGACAAUAAUUAUAGAUUAGUUUCGACCGCUGGAAGGAUUGGCGGACAGAAUCUUCCACAAUAUAAUCUUGCGUAUAGUGCUAAAACGGGUGCUUUAGAAAUGAUCGGGCCUUUCAAAAUAAACAAACCAAAAUCAAAUGAGACGCAAGUGUAUGAUGGCACUGCUCUCUUUACAAGCAGGAUAAAUUCUAAGUUUUUGGAGACCCAAAUAUCACUAACAAUCCAUGGCAUGGAAGUAUUUAGGAUGGAGUUUAGUCAUGAUAUGCAUGGGAGAAUUUCACAAACCAGAACUUACACCAAGAAUGUUGGAGUUAAUACCUACACAAAUGUAAAGAAUUACACUUGGGAUUGUGAUGGGCAACUAUUAGGUGUAGAGGCUCAAGAACCAUGGGGAUUUAGAUACGAUGAUAAUGGCAACAUGUUAUCACUCACAUACAGGGGUAACACUAUUCCUAUGGAUUACAAUUCCAUGGAUCGUAUAAUUAAAUUCGCGGAAGGACAAUACAAGUAUGACACCCGUGGCCUGGUAAUACAAAACGCUCGCGAAGAGAAAUUUCAUUACAACGCCAAAGGCCUGCUUGUACGGGCAACCAAAAGAGGUAGAUUCGACGUACGAUAUUUCUACGAUCACCUCGACCGAUUAUCAGCCAGAAAGGACAAUUUUGGCAAUGUAACCCAAUUCUUCUAUAAUAAUGAAAAUAGACCGAGGGAAGUGAGUCAGAUUUAUUCACCAAGGGAUGGCAAAUUAAUGUCAUUGGUCUACGAUGACAGAGGCCAUCUAAUAUAUGCACAGGUGUUCAGACAUAAAUAUUACGUAGCGACAGAUCAAUGUGGAACACCCGUCAUGAUAUUCAAUCAAUAUGGUGAAGGCAUAAGGGAGAUCAUGAGAUCGCCUUAUGGGCAUAUUGUUUAUGAUUCCAAUCCAUAUCUAUAUUUGCCAGUUGAUUUUUGUGGAGGUUUGCUUGAUCAGGUAACAUCACUAGUACAUAUGCCAAAUGGUAAGGUGUAUGAUCCUUUAAUAGGACAAUGGAUGUCACCACUAUGGGAAAACGUUUUGGAAAGAGUAGCAACUCCUACACAUCUUCAUCUCUACAGAUUCAAUGGAAAUGACCCGAUUAAUAUGGGAGUGGACAGAAAACGUCCGACAGAUCAUAUCGACUGGUUGAAUAAGAUGGGCAUCAACCUAAAGAAUUUAGCUCCACAACUCUUCCCUGACCAACUUCCAGGGGGUAAAAUGCCUCCAAUGCUCACUAGUCCGCCAACCUUCUGGAAUCCGUCCAAAUCAAGCCUCAGUAAUCAAUUAGCGCUGCAAUUCUCCUCUUCAGAAAUCCAAUCUGGUUUCUUGGCCCAUAUUGACUCCAGAAAAAUGAAGACAGCUAAAGAAUUAUCGGCUCCAACCAAAUCUGCUUUGAAAACGGAUGUAAUGGAUUUGAUUCCUAAGAAAAUAGGGGCAUCUUCCGAUCCUCCAUUUGGAAGAGGAAUUUUGGUUUCCAGAAGUGAUAAAUCACAAGCAGUUAUUUCAAGUGUGCCAGCAGCAAAUGCGAUCUACCGAGAUGUGUACACUUCGGUGUUUAACCGAUCAUUUAUAUUGCCGUUUACUUUCGUAGUGCACAGUGCCCAACAAGACGCCUUUUAUUUUGUGAAAGAAGAAACUUGGAAGGCAAAUGAUGACAAAGGACAACUAAAGAGAUUACAAGGACAGGUCAACACUACCUUCCACGAAAUUGCUAAAGAGAACGGCAGCGGAAAUAAUUACUUCGACGUGAAAAUACACGGAUCCAAUGCCGUGAUCAAUUUAAGAUACGGCACUACUAUGGAAAAAGAAAAGCAGCGUCUAUUACAUCAUGCCAAGUUGUCUGCCAUAAGAAAGGCAUGGCACAAAGAAAAGGAAGCCCUGAAGAAUGGAUUUUCCGGGUCUGUGGAAUGGUUAGCCAAUGAAAUAGAUGAGAUCAUGAAAAGUGGCUACGUAACUGGUUACGAAGGAAAUUACAUACACGAUGUGCAACAGUAUCCCGAAUUAUCAGAGGACCCGUACAAUAUCAAGUUCACGAAAAAGACGGACCCAUCAAAGCUGAGAAAAAAGCGGGAAAUACACAAGUCAUGUCGAGACCGAUGGUGGUUUUCUUGGAAAGACAAUUGUUAAAAUCGAAGACAAAACAGUGAAAUUAUUCAAUUAAGUAAACAUAAGUGUGAUGUACCAAAAAAAAAUAAUUGAAUUAAGCUUACUGGAAAGACGUAAGACUUUUUAUACCAAAAAAAAAAUACCAAAGUCUAUUUGUGUAUGUAUUUCAAAGAUGCCAAAAAUGUAUAUUAUUUAUUUACAAAAUAUGUUAACUAAAUGUAUGUGAUGAGUUUGGGGAGUGCUGAAGCCACAGCGAUGUUUUUUAUAUUUAAAAAAAAUUCUACUAUGACUGAUUAGCUUUAGCGCGGCACUCCCACAAACAAUGUAAAUAUCUGCAUAAAUAUAAUUAGAGAAUUAAAAAUUGAUGAACAGCAAAAAAUUAGAGCUUUAAUAGCCGCGAUCAGAUUCAGAGGACGAUGACGAGAACGAAUGGAAUUAGCAAUGGGGUAUCAAAAAUAUUGUAAAUAUAGUCCAGUUAUUACCUUUUUAAUAAUUUUAAAUUGAAAGAACGAAUUUAUCUUAGAUAGGGAGAAAAAGAAAAUUAUUGAUAUAAUAUGUAUGUUGUGUUGCUUUACUGAAUAUUAUAAGAUAUCAUUGUGACUGAUCUAUGUUAAUAUCAUGGUUUUCCUGCGACAAACAAAAUGACGUGUGUGGUGUUCUUAAAUAUAUGUUUUGAAACAUAUUAAUCAUAUUGAUUUAAGAAAAAAAAAACAUAUUGCACCAGAAGUUCCUGAGUUUGAAAUUGAAAACAUGGAAUGGUUUUAAUGUCGCGAGAAAACUAAAAGAAAAAUAAUAGUAAAGCCAAACCUUUAUCCGCAAUGUACCUUGCCGUAUUUUUUUCUUCUAUAACAUCACAACAGUGUCCGAUUAAUUUCUACGUAACCUAAUUAAGUAUAUGUAAAUUUAAAAUGAGAAUAUAUUUUUUACUCUGACCUGCAAACUGUAGUCUAUUUUGUGUGCUAUUGUUAUUCAUAUAAUUGGGAAAAUAUAAUAAUAAAACCUGUAAACACAAAAAUGUUGAUAUAUGUUGUCUACAGACUAUGAUAUAACUUGCUGGUAAUUGUGUUAUACUCAAGCUGUUCAAAACUAUUAUGAUACUUAUAUUUAUUGUCAUUGAACAUUUAUUUAUUUGUACAGUAUCUCUUUAUUUAUAUAUAUUAUAUAUCUAAUGCUAUAGAAAAUUUAUAUUUUUUCUUUAUUAUCAUAAGUAUUAUAAAUGUUUUUCGAAAUAAAGAAAUUGUUUUAUAA